AUGGUUGAACUUCAAUUUCUCAAUCAAAAUAAUAAUAUUAGAUUUUCAGUGGAAGCAAUUAGCUUAGUUAUUGCUUCUUUCUCAUGUAUUCGCGAAGUUCAAGUCAACGAUCGAUUUAUUCGUGAUCAAAUCCAAAAAGUUAACGAUCAACGUGAUAAAUUUAUAAACUUUUGUGAUGAUUCUAAAUCAUUAAGUAAUAAAUUGGGAAAUUAUUCUGAGGAGAUUUUAUCAAUACUUUCAAUUAUUGAAGAAAAUAAUUUUACUAGAGAAGAUCUCGUAAGUUAUCUCACCAAUUCAUUAUUGCCAAUUGCAAAAAAAAAUAAAGAAGAAUCAGAGGAGUACGAAAGACAGAUAAAACAAAUCAAAGAUAAUUUGAAAGAAAUUAAAAAUAAUCUCUCUAGAUAUAGUGAAGAAAUCAGUAAUGAUGAAAAAAAUAUCGAAUCGGACACUAAGGAAGAAUUCCUGUCUGCAGAAAAAAAAAAGAAAAACUUAAAAUUAAUUCGAAAUUGUGUUAUUAUCGCUGGAAUUGUUUUUACGGGAGCUGCUGGAGUUGCUGCAGUUACUGGAGUUUCUGCAAUUACUGGAUAUGCUGCUGCAGUUGAAUUUGUUGAAGUUACUUUGGGCAUGUCUGAAUUAGCUGUAGAAAUUGGUAUCGCAGCGAGUGCCUUUUUAACAGCUGCGGGGGGUUACGGUACGUACGAAACAAAUUUAAGUUAUAAUGAGGAUAUAAAAAAAAAUGACGAGAAAAUUAUAAGUUUGAAUGCAAAACUUAAAGAUGAAAGAAAGGAAUUUGUAAAUGUUAUUAAAAUGAUUGAAAAAAAACUUGAAGAUAUUAAUACAAAUAUAAGUGAUAUUGUUAUUCAUUGGGUGCGUCAAGUAAAUUCUUUAGAAGUAAACAUUGAUAAAUUAGAGAAAAGGAAGUUAAACCCAAAUUUAAAUAAAUUUGAUACAAGAAUUAUUUCUAGAAAUGCUAAUGAAAUAAAGGAGAAAGCUCACGAAUAUCAUCGGAUAAUGAAUUUGAUAAUGAAUUUGAUUAAAUAA